UCAACCUCGACAGACGCCAGUGUCUCGUUGUCUCAUCCCACCAAAUUCUUUUAGAAGAAAACAUAAUUUUCUUCGUAAUUUUGGAGUAACUUUUAAUGUCUUCAGCUCUAAUCUAUAAAUCGUGUAAGGUUUGUCGUCAUCACCACCAGCGAGGGAGUGUAGCCCACCUUCUGUAUUAGUGUUAAGAAGCGUGGUCCCGGAAAUAUCUACUAGCGCAGUCCUCGGGAGUAACUGAAGACAAGACAUUAUUUUUCAGCGGCAAAUUAUAUCAAAUUAUAUCACCAUCAAGUUGAAAGAGGAGGUUGACAACACAGAUAAAAUCCGAAUGCCGGUGGUGACGCUAUACCCUAAAUCGCCCACCGAACUGUACGCGAACUGGACCCUCGUGGAGUGCAAGACCAAAUGUCCCAUCAUGCAGCAGAACAUUCAGUGGAAGAGGAAAAGAAAACACUACCAUCUGGAGGAGUUCUUGCAGCCAAACGUCACGGAGUACACCAUUAAUAAUCUGCAGCCAAACAAAUCUUACAAAGUGAGAGUCCUGUUGGCUACCAGUGCUGGCUACCCAGAACACAUGAUUCGGCUGCCCUGGUACACCGUCAGGAUGCCACGCAGCAGCUCUGACUUGCCACGGGAUAAUGUCUUCCUCAUCGUUCAUCUCUCCACUUGCAGCCAGAGGCCCACCGAGGUCUUGGUAAAUUGGACGCUGGACGCCUCACUGCAGAAGGAUCUUGCCAAUUAUCAUGUGUUGUAUAACACCUCCACCUCUGUCUGGCAAAAAGAACUCCCAACGACCGAAACUUCCCUAACACUCACAGAUCUAGUUCCGAGAACGUGUUACGGCGUGAAGGUCCGAGCCACCUACAGCACCGGGCGAAACAGCACCGAGUCUUACCUGAAGACCAUCUGCACACUGCCACAGCCUCCCCACAUCCUCUCCCAACACUCCAACACCAACAGGAUCAAAGUGAACAAGCUCAGGACCAAGGUGCUGAACACUACCAGCAUGCGCAUCACCUGGAAACACACGCCGCGGAAGAUCCAGGUCGACUUCUACACCAUUAGGGUCGAGAACGUUGAAUCAGACCCGAACAGCCAAACGGAAACACCCGAAGACAAGCGGAGUGAGGUGAAGGGGACGCAUUUGGAGGCCGCGGGAAGAGGUCCUCGCAGCCCACAGCCGACGAAAUACGAAGAUUCCCGAGACACGGCUAAUAUAAAAGACCAUGAGGUCAAGCUGUACCGAGUCACCAACCGGAAGCUGACGGUGACGAGCCUGAAGCAGGACCACAACUACAAGGUCACCGUCACGGCCUCCACCACCACCCUCACAGGUCACUCCGCCACCACCUACGUCACUCCAGAUGAAGGAGUUCCCACGGCGCCGCUGAACGUGACGUGGGUUCCUGCAAGCCCGAAAGAUGCCGUUCUCACCUGGAGCCCUCCACGCCUCAUCAACGGCCGUUUAGUGCACUACCUGGUGAAAUUUUCUCACGAUCAGUGUAUCAUUAAAAUGAUAUGUUAAC